ACCACCAUCCCCCACCCCCACCAACCCCCUCCCUCCUCCCUCAAUCAGUAUAAGUUCUUGGCAUUGUUAAUCACUUCAGACCGAUCCGUCCAACUGCCAGCCAUAUUGCUUGGUGGAAGACAGCAAAGAAAAGGUGCGAGUUUGACUUUUUGAGGGGAUUCCGAGAGAACCAGCCAGAGCUUAGAGGGAGUUCUCAACCGGGGUUUUCGAGGAGCAACCGAUGGCCGGCAAGGAAAUCUACAACAAGAUGAAGGACAAGGUGAAAGAUGCCUUUAGUUCAUCAGGACCAGAAACAGGGAAAGGCAAGACAAAAUUAUCUGGCAGGCGUGUCAAGCAUGGUUACCAUCUCGUGAAAGGGAAAUCAAAUCAUCCAAUGGAGGACUACUUGGUGGCAGAGUACAGGCAAGUUGGCGAGCAUGAUUUGGGCUUGUUCGCAAUAUAUGAUGGCCAUCUGGGGCACACUGUUCCAGACUAUCUGCGGGAGCAUCUAUUUGAUAACAUCUUGAAAGAGCCAGAAUUCUUGAGUGACACAAAAAAUGCUAUGAGAAAAGCAUAUCUACUUACUGAUGAAAAAAUAUUGGAAAGAGCAGCUGAGUUGGGAAGAGGAGGCUCCACGGCUGUUACCGCCAUCUUAAUAAGUUGUGAUGAUAGUGUGAAGCUAGUGGUCGCAAAUGUUGGAGAUUCACGGGCAGUCAUUAGCAAGAACGGUAAAGCAGAGCAGCUUUCAGUUGACCAUGAGCCAAACAUGGAGAAAAAAAUUAUUGAGGAAAAGGGUGGAUUUGUUUCGAACCUACCAGGAGAUGUACCACGAGUUGAUGGGCAGCUCGCGGUUGCAAGAGCAUUCGGAGAUCGGAGCUUGAAAAAGCACCUCAGCUCUGAGCCACAUGUAGUUGAAGAAGUCAUCAAUGAGGGAUCUGAUUUUCUGAUUCUAGCAAGUGAUGGCUUAUGGAAGGUGAUGACCAACCAAGAGGCGGUGGACGAGAUCAAGGACUUCAAGGACGCCCAGGCAGCUGCUAAGCAUCUGACGGAGCAGGCCUUGAACAGGAGGAGCAAAGACGACAUCUCUUGCGUUGUUGUGAAGUUCCACUGCUAGCAGUGCUUCAAGCUUUUGGCCUUCAUAACUGUACAAUUGUUGUAAUGCCAGAAGAUUUGUUUAACUGUUUGCUGUUGUUCGACAAAUAUUUUGUUUAAUCUUGUCUGGUUGGGAAUAAUCAACCCAGGGGAUCAAAGGCUUGUAGAGUAUUGUUGUUUGCCAAAAGGCCUAAUAAAAACAUGUUUGUUUUUUCCCUUCCAA